CCCCUUAACAACUUGCUCCCUUCGUCCGUCAGCCGCCCGCCGCCAUGUUCGAGGUCGUCUCCGCGGUCCUCGCCUUCUUCAUGAUCCUGGGGCUCACCUUCAUCAAUGGCUUCUGGCUUGUCACGCUCGAUGAGCUCGAACUCGACCAUCUCAACCCCGCCGACGUCUGCAAGCGCCUCAACAAGGUCGUUGUCCCUGAGAUGGCAGUGCAUGGCAUCCUUCUCUUGGCCUGCAUUCUCGGCUGGUCGCCGUGGGUGCUUUUGCUCAACCUCCCGAUCGCUGUCUACCACGGCAAGAAGUUUUCGGCGAACCAGCACUUUUUGGACCCGACCGAGAUCCUCCGCUUCAAGAACCUCAAGGCGUCGCGCAACGAGGCGAUCGCCAAGACGAUCUUCUUUGGGCUUCAGAUCAUCUAUGGCAUGUACUGGAUGGUCUCGGCCAUCAUCACGUCCGCUGCGCGAAAGACCGUCACGUAAUGCUCGGCGAUGGCUCAAAACUUGUAAUAACAUCGUGUUUACGCUG